CUCACAGGGAUGGAAGUGAACACUGGGUCUGAUGUGGAAAAAGAGAGUGGAGAGCUGAAGAGAGGGAGGUGCUGGGAAAAGGUGGAGACUGAGAGGAAAAGAGAUGGGGGAGUAAGGAGGUACUCAGACCUGAGCAGGACAGCGUUCAGUUGGGCCACUUCAGCAAAAUGUUGUGUUGUCUUUUAAACUAAAUGUUUAAUAUGGAUAGGUAACCGUCUCUGGGCUUUCCUGCAAAACUAAGCUCCAACGCAUGGUUGAGAAACUCCUGAGAUUAAGAGCAGGAAGCAGGAAGAGACGAGCAGUUCAGGAUUAUGGACAUUGCAUCACAACUUUCCUUUGAAAUUCACAGCAGUUGCAGCCAACCUAAACCUGACCAGCAGUCCAACAGCAACGAGAAGACGAAGGAAUGGUAAUGAAAUAAGCUGCUCACACACAUCAGAACAGGACUGUCAAGGGACUUUCAGCGCUCUGGUGAUGAUCUCUGGUCCUAAACUGUCCUGUGACACAAACACAUUGGUCCAAUAUUUAAGAGAAAUGAAUGUUUGGACACCGUGGGAAGAUGCUGCCUGAGGAAGUGACAGAUAUAAGGAUGACAUGAGAAAACAAGAGGACAUCUUCUUUAAAAGCUGUAAUUUUUCACAUCUAUGGUUUAGGAACUAUGGGUUGCUGUGCUUUUUGUGGAUGCAUCUCCACGUGACAAGAGUAAAGUUAUGAUUUUAUAAGCCUCAAGUGUUUAAGGAUUUUUAAAAAAGACAAUCCACCAUGUUUAAACGGUGGCUUUUAGCCUUGUUGGCCCGUGUCGGCCUCAUUGUACUGGGCCUCUGCUGUUGUCUGUUCCUGUUCUACCUCCUGGCCUGUAAACCGACGUCUCGCAGCAGCCAGCAGUCUCUGCUGUGGUCUGGAGGGGCCACCAGUAAAGAGGGAUACAUGGCCUUGUUGCAGGAGAGGGAAGACUCUCACAGACAUUACAUCAACAGCCUGACGAAGCAGAUAGCCCAGCUAAAAGAGGCCCUCCAGGAGAGGACGCAGCAGCUCCAGGAGUCCCUUGACAAAGCUAAAACAAAAGGGAUUCUGCCUCAGGGUCUGGAGAGUCUGCACAAAACCCCCACACAGUCUGACCUGAGGGAGUUCUUCCGCUCCCAGCUGAACCAGGCGGAGGUGAACUCAGGUGUAAAGCUGCCCAGUGAAUAUGCAGUGAUUCCUUUUGACACUUUCACCCUGCACAGGGUGUACCAGCUGGAGACGGGGCUGACCAGGCAUCCGGAGGAGAGGCCUGUGAGAAGAGACCGCAGAGACGAGCUGAUUGGCACAGUGGAAACAGCUCUGCACGUCCUCAAUGGACCUCAACAACACACAGACAACACCAGGCGGAAGCACACAUACUCCCCUUCAGACUUCAUAGAGGGGUUGACUCGUACAGAGCGGGACAGAGGAACAGUUUAUGAGCUGAUGUUUAAAGGCGACGGCCCACAGGACUUCACACGACUCAUGCUCUUCAGGCCGUUCGGUCCCGUGGCGAAGGUCAAGAGUGAGACUCUCGACAUGCGCAGCAUCCUCAUCAACAUCAUCGUACCUCUUUCCAAGAGGUCAGACGCAUUCAGGCAGUUCAUCAACAACUUCAGAGAAGUGUGCAUCCAGCAGGACGGCAGGGUUCAUCUCACUGUGGUCUACUUUGGUCGAGAUCAGAUAGACCAGGUGAAAGCCAUGCUGGACCAGACCACAAGAGAGACUCGGUUCAGGAGCUUCACUUUGAUCCAGUUGAAUGAGGAGUUUUCUCGUGGGCGGGGCUUAGAAGUGGGUGCCAGGGCUUGGAGGCGGAGCCAGAACGUCCUGCUCUUCUUCUGUGAUGUUGACAUCCACUUCACUGCUGACUUCUUAACUUCCUGUCGCCUCAACGCAGAGCCUGGUAAAAAAGUGUACUAUCCAGUGCUGUUCAGCCAGUACAACCCAUCUAUUAUCUACCGUAAUCACACAGUCCUACCCUCUGUUCAAAAACAACUGGUGAUGAGGAAGGAAACUGGAUUCUGGAGAGAUUUUGGGUUUGGAAUGACGUGUCAGUACAGGUCUGAUUUCCUCAACAUAGGUGGUUUUGACCGUAACAUCAAAGGCUGGGGGUUGGAGGACGUGCACCUGUACAGAAAGUACCUUCACAGUAAGCUGAUGGUGAUUCGAUCUCCGUCUCGAGGCCUUUUCCACUUGUGGCAUGAGAAGAACUGUGCGGACGAGCUCCCUCCAGACAAGUACAAGAUGUGCAUGCAGACCAAAGCCAUGAGUGAAGCCUCGCACAGCCAGCUAGGGGAGCUGUUCUUCAGACGGGAGAUUGAGCUUCAUUUGAACGCCCAGAAGCAGAAGAACAGAGGAACAUAAUGAGGACAGUUGAGUUGGGGUUAGCAUUGAGAUAAUAAGAUCUUGUGAUGUUAUUAGUCACUGUUAUGUAUGCGCUUGUUCUGGUUUUCAUGAUCAUUUAUGUAUACUUACAUUAACUGUUCAGCUACAGACAAAAGGUGAUUUACUAUGAUUAUUGUUCUCCACAUGGACACAUAAGCUUGUACAAAAGAAAACAAAUAAUUGCUGAUAUUUUUGUGUCAAUAAAAGAAUGACCUGUAUGA